AUAUCCUUUGGACCUAAGAAUCGCUCAAUUGGGGCUGCAGCUAAAAGCCAGGUUAUUUCAAAUGCAAAGAAUACAGUACAAAGUUUUAAAAGAUUUCAUGGUCGUGCAUUCUCAGAUCCCUUUGUUCAAGCUGAAAAAGCAAGCCUUGCCUAUGAACUUGUCCAGCUGCCAACAGGCUCAACUGGCAUCAAGGCCAUGUAUAUGGAAGAAGAAAGAAACUUUACUAUUGAGCAAGUGACUGGAAUGCUCCUCACCAAACUGAAGGAAACUGCUGAGAAUGCACUCAAGAAGCCUGUGGUUGACUGUGUUGUUUCUGUUCCCUGUUUCUACACAGAUGCAGAAAGGAGGUCUGUGAUGGAUGCCACACAGAUUGCUGGUCUCAACUGUCUGAAGCUAAUAAAUGAAACAACUGCAGUUGCCCUGGCAUAUGGAAUCUAUAAGCAAGACCUGCCUGCCUUGGAAGAGAAGCCACGGAAUGUUGUUUUUGUGGAUAUGGGGCAUUCUGCAUAUCAAGUUUCUGUUUGUGCAUUCAACAAAGGAAAACUAAAAGUUCUUGCUACAUCCUUUGAUACAACACUUGGAGGCAGGAAGUUUGAUGAGGUGUUAGUUAAACACUUCUGUGAAGAGUUUGGCAAGAAAUACAGACUGGACAUCAAGUCAACGAUUCGUGCAUUGUUGAGGCUAUACCAGGAGUGUGAAAAACUGAAAAAACUGAUGAGUGCCAAUGCCUCUGACCUCCCCAUGAACAUAGAGUGCUUCAUGGAUGACAAAGAUGUCUCUGGGACAAUGAACAGAAGCAAAUUUUUGGAGAUGUGUGAUGGCCUCCUGGCAAGAGUGGAGCCACCCCUCCGCAGUGUGCUGGAGCAGGCCAAGUUAAAGAAGGAGGAUAUUUAUGCAGUAGAGAUAGUUGGUGGUACCACAAGAAUCCCUGCUGUAAAAGAGAAGAUCAGUAAAUUUUUUGGCAAAGAAGUCAGUACAACUUUGAAUGCAGAUGAGGCCGUUGCACGAGGUUGUGCCCUGCAGUGUGCUAUCCUGUCCCCAGCAUUCAAAGUGAGAGAGUUUUCUAUCACAGAUGUGAUUCUCUAUCCUAUUUCUUUGCGAUGGAAUUCACCAGCAGAGGAUGGGCUAAGUGACUGUGAGGUCUUUCCCAAGAACCAUCCAGCUCCAUUUUCCAAGGUCCUCACAUUCUACAGGAAGGAACCUUUUACCCUUGAGGCAUACUACAGUUCUCCCAAGGAGCUGCCUUACCCAGAUCCUGCUAUAGCUCACUUCUUGGUUCAGAAGGUCACUCCUCAAACAGAUGGAUCCAGUUCAAAAGUGAAAGUCAAAGUUAGAGUAAAUAUCCAUGGUAUCUUCAGUGUUUCAAGUGCAUCAUUAGUGGAGGUUCAUAAAUCUGAUGAGAAUGAAGAGCCUAUGGAAACAGAUCAGCAUGCAAAAGAGGAAGAGAAGAUGCAAGUAGACCAGGAAGAGCAACAAAAGACUGAAGAACAGCAGCAACCCCAACCUGAAAACAAGGCAGAGUCUGAAGAAAUGGAGACCUCACAGGCUGACUCAAAAGACAAGAAAGUGGAUCAACCUCCUCAAGCCAAGAAGGCUAAAGUAAAGACUACUACUGUGGACCUGCCCAUUGAGAACCAGUUGGUGUGGCAGAUAGGGAAGGAUAUGCUGAACUUAUUCAUUGAGAAUGAGGGUAAAAUGAUAAUGCAGGACAAGCUGGAGAAAGAGAGGAAUGAUGCCAAGAAUGCAGUGGAAGAAUAUGUGUAUGAUAUGAGAGACAAACUCUGCAGUAUUUAUGAGAAAUUCAUUAGUGAAGAUGAUCGAAACAGUUUCACUCUGAAGCUGGAAGAUACAGAAAACUGGCUUUAUGAAGAUGGGGAAGACCAACCCAAACAAAUUUACAUUGAUAAAUUGACAGAAUUGAAGACUCUGGGUCAACCUAUUCAGGCAAGAUUUCAAGAAUCAGAGGAAAGACCAAAAGCAUUUGAGGACUUAGGGAAGCAAAUUCAACAGUACAUGAAAAUUGUCCAGGCAUUCAAAGCAAAGGAUGAACAGUAUGACCAUCUAGAUGAAGCAGAUGUGGCAAAAGUGGAGAAGAGUGCAAAUGAAGCUAUGGAGUGGAUGAACAAUAAACUUAAUCUUCAAAACAAGAGAAGUCUUAGUUUGGACCCGGUUAUAAAAGCUAAAGAGAUACAAGCUAAAACUAAAGAAUUGACAAGUACUUGUAAUCCUAUAGUCACAAAACCCAGACCCAAAGUGGAACUCCCAAAGGAGGAGCAGAAACCAGCAGAACCCAACGGACCAGUGGAGGGACAGGGAGAUGCCAAUGGGGGGCCCCAGGGGGCUGAGCAGGGCCCUACUGCCCCUGAGAAGAAGCUUCCUGAAAUGGACAUUGACUGAACUGCACCACUUGUUUAUACUAUUGCAAACUGCAAUAAAGCUUUAAGUUGU